AUGGCACGCAACAUUCGCCAACAAGCUCUGCAGAAGAUUGCCGCGCUUUCUGCUUCGAGCUCGACUACGGCCUUCGAUAGAUCCGAUCUCGACCGUUUAUGUAGAGCUACGACCAGCUACGGAAAGGGCAAGGACACCCCCAAUGGAUCUGCGAGGGGCCACCACUCGUCUCUAGCUCGGGUUCCCAUGAGCAUACGAGAAUUCGAAGUCCUCAUCGCCCUAUGUAAAGCCGCGCCCCUGGUCCAGAGCAGCCAAAGUGCCCAGAAGCUAGUCAACCAGCUGAUCCCAUACGUCCACGAAUCCCACGCGCAGACCUUCGUUCCUUCGCCCACCUUCAACAAGAUCGAGCCUUCGCCGAAUGAAGCACUGGCUCUGAGCCUUACUGCCGCGCUUCUCUCUCUGGGAAACAGAUACGAUAGCCUGCACGAGACUGUGUCCGACAACAUCUGGAACUUCUUGGCUGCUGUACGAACAGCCAUACAGGGGAUAGUCCAACCUAAGACUGAGGAAUAUGUGGAACCAAGUCUCGAAGAUGCUAUCCGGACCGUGACAAUAGCCAUUUCCCUGCUGGGGUUCUUGGAUGCUGCCUCAGCUCAAACUGAUUUCUGGAGGACUGGCGGUAGACUGGCUCUCAUCCAGAGACUCCGUAACCUGCUUUCCGUCCCCUUCCUCACUGCCGUCGAUGGUGCAUUAUCUGUCAUACGCAACGCUGAUGUUACGGACCGUACUGCCAAGGAGUGGAAGAGAUGCCUUCGACAUUACGCACACCAAGGACGACCUCUUGGGCCCAUGUUACUACAGCGAAGCUUCAUGUGGUUGUUGGUCUCUGCAACGUCGCUUCUAAUUGGCGAUGUCAAGGUCUUGAAGACUUCUCACGUCCUUGAUAUGCUGAUGUCUCGAGAGGGUCUUUUGAGACCGGGCUCUCCCAAUAGCCCGGAUGCCGACUUUCGAUCGAUCGAAAUGUACGCCAGCAUUGCCCAGGAAGAGAUGGAACGUCUCGAGGCCGGCGAUGACUAUCUUCAACUGGGCUCUGUCUCCCAGCAACGACUGGCAUGUGAUGUAAAGGCUUCUGCCAUUAUCAGCUUCCUGAACUGUUCUGUGCUGAACGAGGAUGCGGCUGAUCCGGAUCUUCUCAUGGGCUGGCUGCAAGAAACAUUGGACAAUACGACCCAGAUGUUCGACGAGACUUUGGCCUCUGCUGUGCUCCGCUCGAUGGCUAUUCUGUCCAGAUUGUCACCAACUUUCGCCCCUAUAGUGAUCCGUCUUCUCCCUCGGUUCAUUGUUCAAACUUCACCUUCGAGUCACACUGUCGCGAUAGCAUCGAAAUGCCUGGCAUUCUCUUUGAAUACGCUUUCGCACGAUGCCGUCAUCUCGACUCUGUAUACCUUGGGCAAUGUGCUUAGCCCAAGCACCGACCAGAAUGGGACCAAUGGGACCAAUGGUACAAACGGCGACAUGGUGCCUGAUGGAACUGGCCUGUCCAACAUCUACCACGGACGGCAGUCUACGGGGAGUUCCAUCUCGUUGCAGGUUGAGGGCGAGGAGGACACCACGGUGAUCUAUUCAAACAUCGUCCUGGCCAUCUGCAGCAUUGCAAAGACGUGCAAUGAUGAGAAGAUUACGGCGCUUGCGCAGUCUAUGCUUCUGCAGAAAUUGACCAAGGUGAACCAGGCUGUCGACUCACAAAUCGUCGUGGGAGCGAGUGUCUUGUCUUUGAGUGGAGGGCAGCUCGAGCUCCGAUCCCUACUUCGACUGUACUCGAGAAUUUCUCAUACAGCCUUAGCCGACGAUAACACCGUGGUCCUCGAAGCUGUCACAAAAGCUCGAAAUCAUAUCUCAGCAAAUGUCAAGCGUGGUUCGCCUCUGUUCGAUAUCUACCUCGAGUACAUACUGGAAGAGUUGAUUUCCAAGGGCGAUGUGCAUCAAUCUCAUCACAUGAAAGAGUCUGAUGUCGAGUUUGCAGCGCGUGAAAUCGCUCAACUCCUCCAGCCACUUUCGAUUUUGAUGUCGACGCAUGAUUUCGCUUCUGAACUCCCUGGCCAGGACGAUGACAGCCAUAGUCUGAUCCGCGACGCUUGGUUUAACAUUGUCGUACACGGUUUUACUCCAUCGACCGAUAGGGGCAAGAAGUACAUCAACGAGUUGCGCAUUAUGGCGAUCCAUUCGCCGCCCCUAGUCGCGGAGCAGCGAGGGGAACAGAUUGAGAGCGAUAUCGAGCUCAACACUGUUCUUCGCCGAGCGAACACUCCCGAUCGAGAGGCCAAGCAGAAGAAGCAACUUUCGACUCUCAUACCGUCCAAGGCAUCUGAUGUCAGGGGAUUGAGCUACAGGAAAGUCAUGUUCUUGCAGGCAGCGCACUUGGUCGAGGGUCUACGGGCCGACUCUGGUGACUGUACCAAGGCUUUAUCUUACUUCCUGGAGCCCAGCAUGCGCAAAGAAGACGUUCGCAGCGUCAUGGAAGGUAUCACGACAGCUGUCAUGGAGCGGUACAUGGCUAAAAUAUUCGAGGCCAAGCUCCCAAUAUUCUCUGCGCACUAUGCUGCUUCACAGCUUGCAGCAAUAUUAUGCAGCUGCUGUCAUCGAAUCCAGCGCGUACAGCAAGCCGCGUUCAUUUGUGCUGACAAGUUCAUUCGGGAUGUUCCCUCAGCUCUCUGCCAGAAGUCAUCGCUCUUCGCGCUUUUGGAACUGCUAUCACUCAUGUGGUUGAGCUGCCUUGAAGCCGAAACGGAGAUGUACGAACCGCGAUCAGUUUUCACUUCCAAACUAGGCAACGUCACCCUCGAGCUUUCAGAUGACUAUGCUUUCAGAAAAGCUACCCUCAACAACUUAUACAAGCGAGCCAAGGUAUGGGUCUCGCUUGUAAUCAACCUCGCCCCCGCCGAUGUGAAAGGGCUGCUCCAGACGUACCUGUCCGAGUUCGACGACGAAGGUGCAUAUGGACACAUGUCUCUUGGGCGAUCAUUUGCGAUGGAGAUGGGUUCAAUCAUUCCGUCUACUGAUCAGAGAUUGACUUCGCUGGACCCUGUUGGCGAGACCACUAUCAAUACCGCGUCCGACUUCGUUGCUCAAUACACCACUCGCCAGGAGUACCGAUAUGGCGAAGCAUUGCCGAGCCAUGGCAUGGACUUGGUUAACGCUAUGCCAAUUGUUAGAAGAGAUUCAUUCGUCAAGUCCGCGCCAUCGAAUCGUGCCAAUGCUGUGUCUGCCCUGGCUCACGUUGAGUCUCGACUUACCGGAAAGAAGGUCACGCCUCUCAGCGAUGUGAGAGACAUACUCAGACGCGCAGCAGCAUUACUAUGUCGCAGCGUGAAGGACGAGAGUGCCAUCACCCACUAUCUUGUUAGCAUACCGUUCAGAAUAUUCACCAAGCAAUCCAUUAAGUUUGGAGUGUCUCUUUGGUUGGGUGUCAUGAACGAGAAUCCGAGGAUGGAGUCUCGCAUACUCGCCGAGAUCGCUCAACAAUGGGAGAUUACCAUUCAAAGGAGACUCGGUCUCUUCAACCCGGCUUUCAUGCACCCGGAUCCAUUCUUCUUGAGGGAAGAGUUCGCUCCCAGUGACAACGAGGGUCUUGCGAAGCGACGACAGAUGAUCCACAACCUACUCGCUCCGCAUACUCGUCUCAUGCAGUUCUUCAGCAGCCAUUUCAAUGCGACUCGGUUGGGAAGCCCCGAUACCCAACGGGUAUUUCUCCGCAUGCUUGAUUUGACACUUGAUGCUCUCAAGCGCGCGAUUUCCCAUCCCAUGGCUAGAGAGCUCCGUCUACGAAUUAUUCUGUUCAGCUUGAGGGUCCUGCGCGUCAGUGGAGCUGCCGGGACGAUGUCCCAGUGGCGUCUCAAGGACAAGAUCCUUUCCGCUGGAUUGAGCUGGUUCAAAUAUGCCCCAAAGUGGUCUUUUGGUAGCAACAUUCUGCAGUUGAAGACCGAGGUUCAGCUCAUUGGAGAUGUCAUGACCGGACUGAAGGCCGUGUCUCACGUAGCUGCCCAUGCUGUGGGUAGUUUUAAGACUCUAGUCCAGAAGGAGGCGCUGCUCGAGAUCCUGCUCGAAAGCGAACAAGCCAGGUUGAACGUUUGGGUCCAUCCGAUGCGCGAUCCCCACAAUCAGCGACCAGCGAUCAUGACGCGCCAUGGUAUAGCAACACUGGAGGCUACUCUAAAACCACUCAUCCGCGUGGCUUGGGCUGAAUCACCCUCGUUGGCUAUUGAGCUUGUGAAUAGGUUCUCAAUUCCCAGCGUACACGCCGAUGUCCGCUGGCUUUUGUUGAAUUUCCCGGCGAAGGCGAUUUGUGAGCCUGAAGCCCUGCCGAUCUUGCUUGGUGACGAACUGCCACAGGAUGUGCGAUUCCAGCUAAAGUACCUGCUAUUCUGGACACCUGUCAACCCCGUUACCGCUGUCACCUACUUCUUACCAGCGUACCGGAAUCACCCCUUCCUCAUUCAGUACGCUAUGAGAUCGCUGGAGCAUCACCCUGUGGAUGUCACUUUUUUCUACGUGCCUCAAAUCGUACAGAGUCUCCGUUUUGACGCACUCGGCUAUGUUGAACGAUACAUCGUUGAAACAGCUCAGUUCUCUCAGUUGUUUGCACACCAAAUCAUCUGGAAUAUGAAGGCAAACUCAUACAAGGAUGAUGAUGCUACUAUCCCUGACGAGAUCAAGCCUGCUCUUGAUAAGGUGAUGGCAAAGAUGGUCAGCAGCUUCUCAGGUGAAGACAAGAGCUUCUUCGAGAGAGAAUUCGCGUUCUUCGACGAGGUUACAGAUAUAUCCGGCAAGCUGAAGCCGCUGAUCAAGCGUCCAAAGGAGGAAAAGAAGCAGAAGAUUGAAGAGGAGCUGCGAAAGAUCCAAGUCGAGGUCGGCGUCUACCUUCCGAGUAACCCCGACGGCGUGGUCAUCGGUAUUGAUAGGAAGUCGGGCAAGCCACUUCAGUCCCAUGCAAAGGCACCGUUCAUGGCAACCUUCCGGAUCAAGAAGGCUAAAGGUGGCGUGGAAGAGACGGAAGAUGUGGCCCAAGAAAUGAACAAGACCGGCGAGCAGCCUGCUGAUACUAUGAUUGAGGUUUGGCAGAGCGCCAUCUUCAAGGUAGGAGAUGACUGUCGGCAGGACGUGCUCGCGUUGCAGAUGAUUGCCGCAUUUCGCGGCAUUUUCCACAACGUUGGACUCGAUGUAUAUGUGUUCCCGUACCGCGUUACUGCAACUGCCCCUGGUUGUGGUGUCAUCGACGUCCUGCCCAACUCCAUCUCGCGAGACAUGGUUGGUCGCGAAGCCGUCAACGGGCUCUACGAGUAUUUCAUCAGCAAGUACGGCAACGAAGACUCGCUUCGCUUCCAGCACGCGCGCAACAAUUUCGUCAAGAGCAUGGCGGCAUACAGCAUCAUCUCAUUCAUACUGCAGUUCAAGGACCGCCACAACGGCAACAUCAUGAUUGACGACGCUGGCCACAUCCUACACAUCGACUUCGGGUUCUGCUUCGACAUCGCGCCGGGCGGCGUCAAGUUCGAGCGCGCCCCCUUCAAGCUCACCAACGAGAUGCUGCUGGUCAUGGGAGGCAGCACAGACCACCAGGCCUUCAAGUGGUUCGAGGAGCUGUGCGUCAAGGCCUUCCUCGCCUGCCGGCCCUACGCCGACAAGCUCAGCCAGAUGGUGCUGCUGAUGAUGGGCAGUGGCCUGCCGUGCUUCAAGCCCGAGACGGUGACGCACUUUCGCCAGCGCUUCGUGCUCGAGCGCAACGAGCGCGAGGCCGCCGAGUUUGUGCGCGACCUGGUCAAGAAGAGCGCCGGGUCUUACAGCACCAUGGUCUACGACCAGUUCCAGCUCAUGACUAAUGGGAUCCCUUACUAG